AUUCUGACAAGACUACCGCAGUAUCACUAUCAACGUCUUCGCUCGCUCUCAUCUCGCGCACGUGAAGCAACAAAAAGUCAACAUGAGCCGCAUAAUUGUGAAAAACCUGCCAUCUCAGAUAAAGGAAGAGAAACUAAGAAACACAUUUUCAAGUAAAGGUGAUGUGACAGACAUACAGCUUAAGUUCACUAAAGGUGGCGUGUUCCGAAAGUUUGCUUUCAUCGGAUUCAAGACUGAAGUAGAAGCUCAGAAUGCUGUAGACUUCUUUAAUAAGUCUUUUCUUGAUUCAUCAAGAAUUCAGGUUGAACUUGCAAAAAAUCUAGGAGAUGCCAACCUUGCUCGUCCUUGGAGCAAAUAUUCAGAGAAGAGUUCGGCUUAUCAGAAGAAGCAGAAAGCCAAGGAAGAACAAGAAACCAAAGAUGGCAAGAAAACCUCGGAUACAAAGGAUAUUUUGAGCAAGAAAAGGAAAAAGAAGAAGGGUUUAGAAGGCCUAGAUGAUUUAGAAGAUGAUCCCAAAUUUCAAGAGUUUUUAGAAGCUCACAAUGUAAAGACAGAUAAAGGUAUCUGGGAUAAUGAUGCAGGAAUCUCUAAGACAGAAGGAGGAUUGGAUGUGAUCCCAUCAAAGAAUAAGCAAGUCACAGCUUCUGGCAAGAAGACUGCGAGUGAGGAGGAAGUUAGUGAUGAUGCUGAUGAGGACGAUGAUGAGGAGAUGGAAGAUGAUGUCGAGGAUGAUCAGACUGGAAAAGAAGCAAAUAAGAAAAAUCUCUCAGAUAUGGAUUACUUAAAAUCAAAGAUGGUAAAAAUACAGACAGAAGAUGAAGGAAUUCAAGAUGGAAGCAGUGAAGACGAGUCAUCAUCAUCAGAUGAGGAAAGUGAAAAAGAAGAGGAUGAGGAAGAGAAGAAGGAAGAGAAGAAGCAAGAAAAAACAGAGAUAAAAGAAGUUCCUAAAGCCAAGCCAUCACCUGCUACGGAAAGAGUCCGGAAGAAUAAGGUGAAACUGAUGAGAAGUGUCAGGAAAGAUGAAAAAUAUGAGAGAGGAGACUUCACUAUUAAAGUACGAGGGGUGCCUUUCAAUGUUAAAGAGGAAGAUGUGGUAAAAUUCUUUGCUCCGCUGAAGAUAACGACCAUUCGAGCACCUCUGAAUGAGAGAGGACAGAGGACUGGUGUAAUAUUUGUUGAGUUUUCUUGUGAAGAAGACACCACUAAAGCUAUGAAGAGAAAUAGAGAAUACAUGGGAAGGAGAUAUGUGGAGUUAUUUCGUGAAGAAGCUUGGAAUAAGAAUGCAUAUACUAAACAUCAAGAAGAUCCUCCUUGGGCUAAACAGGCUGCUGAGUUGGAAAAUUCAGAAGAUACUAUUGCUGAGACUGGACGUCUUUUUGUCAGAAAUCUUGCCUACAUCUGUAAAGAGGAAGACCUAGAACUUUUGUUUAGUAAAUAUGGUCCUCUAACUGAAGUGAAUCUUCCUAUAGAUACAUUCACCAAGAAGAUCAAAGGCUUUGCUUUCAUUACUUACAUGAUGCCAGAACAUGCCGUCAAAGCUUAUACAGAACUAGAUGGAACCAGCUUUCAGGGUCGGAUGCUUCAUAUCUUACCAGGGAAGGAGAAGAAGGUGGAAGAAGAGAUGCACAAAGAAGGUUCCUCUUUCAAGAAUAAAAAAGCAGCAAAAACCAAAGCACAGAGUGGAAGUUCACACAACUGGAAUACUUUGUUCAUUUCUUCAAAUGCCGUAGCUGAUGUCAUGGCAGCCAAAUAUCAGACUUCAAAAAGUGAUGUCUUAGAUACUGAAUCUAGUAGAAGUCUUGGGGUGCGUAUGGCCCUCGGGGAGACACAGAUUGUAGCUGAAACAAGACAAUUCCUCCUAGACAAUGGGGUAGCAUUAGACUCAUUCAGCCAGGCUGCUGCGGCAAGAAGUAAAUCAGUAUUUCUUGUGAAGAAUCUUCCAGCAAGUACUGCACCUGAUGAGCUUAGAGAGGCAUUCGGACAGCAUGGCAUGCUGGGAAGGGUACUACUGCCCCCUGCAGGGGUGACGGCCAUCAUCGAGUUCAUAGAACCAUCAGAAGCCAAAGCUGCUUUUUACAAACUGGCUUAUACUAAGUUCAAGCAUGUUCCACUGUACUUGGAAUGGGCUCCUAUGGAUGUGUUUGGAACAUCUACAAAGAGCUUUGAGAAGGAUACAAGUGUUGAAGAAACAAAGGAGGAGAAGAAAGAAGAGAAGGAAGAAGAUAAGAAAGGGGAACCUCCAGAAGAAUCAGAAUCUGAUGAAGAUUAUCAAGUUCAGGAAGGCAGUGUACUCUUUGUCAAGAAUCUGAACUUUAGCACUGAUGAAAGUAUACUUAAAAAGGUAUUUAAAAAGUGUGGUUCUAUCAGGAAUGUGACAAUUGCAAGAAAGAAGGAUACAAAGAACCAAGGGCAGCUGUUAUCUAUGGGUUAUGGCUUCAUUGAGUUUGAGAAACCAGAGUGGGCUCAGAAAGCACUGAAAGAAUACCAACAUGUAGAGGUGGAGAGUCAUAAACUUGAUCUUAAAAUAUCAAACAGAGCUACUGUCCAAACUCAACAGACUUCAUCCAGGAAGAAACAGAAAACCAAGAAGCAGACAUCGACCAAGAUUCUUGUCCGUAACAUUCCAUUUGAAGCAUCAUCAAAGGAGAUCAGGGAGCUCUUCAUAACAUUUGGUGAAGUAAAGACAGUCCGCUUGCCCAAGAAGAUGAGUGGAACUGGAUCUCAUCGAGGCUUUGGCUUUGUGGAUUUCCUUUCAAAGCAAGAUGCAAAGAGAGCGUUUGACUCCUUAUGUCACAGCAGUCAUUUAUACGGGAGACGUCUUGUCUUAGAAUGGGCAGAGAGUGAGCAAUCAAUUGAUCAACUCAGAAAAAAGACUGCCGAUCACUUCUCAGAUGGUUCAAGCAGUAAGAAGCUGAAGAAAUCAGACUUGAUGGAUCAUCUGACGUUAUCAACAGUUGAAUAGCAAUCCCACAAUACCCUUCCCUUCCUGUAUGUAGAUUAGGGGUAAGGUUCAACCUCAAUGUAAUGCAUGCUUUGUUUACGUCACUGGGUUUAUUAUUAUUAUUAUUACACUCCCACAGGGGUUCAUAGGGACAAAAAUUUAUUAGUUUUCAGGGCUUGAAGAUUGAAGACAUUAAGUUUCACAUAAUUUUUCUCUGUUAGCAUGGAUAUUAUCUGCGAUCGGGCUGGUUAGAUAUUAUAUCGAGUGUGGCUAACAAAUUACUUUUUACUACUACUCUAAGAUACACAUUUUAGUUGCUUUAAAAUUAAAUUUAGAUAAACUAUGCUCUGAUAAAUUAUGAAUUUAAUUUACUAUUUCAAGAUGUUUUGUCUGUCCUUGUGCAAUGUCUUCCGUUUGAUGUAUGAAGAUGGCCCAUUUUCUGGGCACGUAAAACUUAAACUUAAGAUUUAACAUUAAUUUCUGUUUUAUUCCACAAAAUUUUUCAGUUGAAAAUGUGCCUUAUAUUCUUAUGAGUAAGUUUGCAAAAAAUCUCAUAAAAAUUUGAGAGAAAUGUUACAUUCUUGGGAAAAGUCUCUGCCAGUCAUUUUCAGAUUGAACAAAAUGAUGGUGCCCCAUGUCUGCGCAUCCAUUCACUUUUCACAUGAUUCCGGGUUUUGAUGAGAAAGGCUGCAAUUUGAGGCGGUCGCAUGAAAUACCUGAAAUAUAAUAUUUUCCACCAUUUUGAGUCUGAUUUUUCAAAUGAAUAUCUGUCUAUAUAUUUUAGGUGUAAAGUUUGUGGUCGUUUCUUCUUUAAUUACAAUCACACAGAUACGCAUGUGCACAACUAAGGGGCACUGCGUAGACUUUCGAUACCUUACCAUUUUAAUUGUUUAAUAAUGUUUGUACUAAAUUGUCAUGAAUAUUCUCAAUUCAUCUCCAUUUUGCUUUAUUGAAGGUUUGUCAAGCACCGAGUUUGAGAUUUGAUGCAUAAUGAUCACCCUAGAUUAGUAAUAAGUAAAAAUUAUUAUUAUGGGAUGUAUUGACUGUUGGUUCUUGUAGUAGAACAAUAGUGGUGAAAGUAAACGAUAAAAGUUGAGAGCUUUUCUAAUAACUUCAAGAGAAAAGAGUCAGUUUUAAUAAAUUAGUGAUAUGUUCUUAAAGUAUAAAAUGAAAACAUUCAAGAAGAACUACCUUUUAUGAUAGCUUUGUAGUGAAUAGAUGUAUUUUUUUCUUACAUGCAUUUCAAUAUUUUAAUUCAUUCUUAUUUAAAAACAAAAUAUUUUCCAUCAUUAAUUCUUUACAAUGAGAGAAAAAGUCAUGGAGUUGUCUCAUAUAAGACUUUUGGAAUUUCAAAAUGUGUUCUCUAUUUUUUAUGAAUUGGGAAAUGAGCUGAGGCUGGCUUACACUCCAUCCACCAUAGAUAGCGCCAGACGAAUUAUAUUUUCAGGUUGUCUCUCUAGUUUUUUGUUGUAAUAACUGAAGAACUAUUUCACAAAUUGACUUCAUAUUUGGAUCAUAUAUGCCUCUAGGAGUGGCAAUGAGCUAGAGUAGCUUUUGAGGUAUGGAGGUCAAACAUUCAAGGACACAGAGGUCGUUACACACCUUAAAACGCUCUGUUCUUAUAAUAACUCAAGAGACCUUUCGGAUUAACUUCAUAUUUGAAUCAUGUAUGCCUGUAGAGUUACAAUGACCUGAUAGAUUUUUAUGAAAUGGAGGUCAAAGUUUCAAGGUCACAGAGGUCAUUAUAUACCUUAAAACGGUUCCAUGACUUGUGCUUCACUGACAAUUUGCUCUGCUGUUAAUUCCAUACACUAAAUAAAUGAUCAAAUUCAACCAAUGAAUAAGAUUGCAGCAGGAAUUGAACCUGUCAUCUGGUGUUCCUUUCACUCAUGCACCAUAUAAUAAGUGCUUUAUUCAUCUGAUUUUUGUUAUGACUUUAUGACACUCCUUCAUGGAUGAUAGAAUGCAAUGCUACCCUCUAUUGGUAGGAAAUAGAAAGUUAUAAACAUAUCCAUAUGUGUAAAAACAUAUGCAUGAUUCAGUUUGUUUGCAUCAUGAAAAUUGAUGGUAUGCUACCCUCUAGUGGGAAGAUAUAUUUAGUCAUGAAUUCUAUGGGGGGGGGGGGGUUCUCACUGAAAGAGAUAUUUUCCUUCUAAAAAAUUUCAUUUUGUAUUAUUCAAUAACUAUAAUCUAAAUACCUGUAUGAUAUUAAAUUCAUAUACCUAUACAUAUGUAAAUGUCAAAAUCUAUGAUCAUGUUCUUUUAUUUUGUUGUUUACCCAUUUUUUACAACAAUUUACCCAAGUACCUUUCCUCUUCUAUAAAUGAGAAAUAAUCCGUAUAGAGGGGAGAGAUGGGGAUUGUAUGUGUGAUAGAGAAGAAGACUGAAGGGCAUUGAAAGCAGUGGUUGGGAGGAACGGUUUCAAAAAGAGAGUGGCUUAAAGAGAAGACAGAGAGAGAAAGAAAGAGAUUGCAAGA